CUCCUUUCCCCUUUCUUCUUUUCCUCUCCUUUCUCCCUCCUUCCAUUGUUGUAUUUACUUAUUUUCUUCUUCACUCUGAUGGAUUUUCGGGGUGGGAUUCGAGCAGUUCCAUAUUUACAUAAAAAUAGAUUCCCUCUUCCACAUUUUAUUUUCAUUAUAAUAAUUCCACAUAUGUCAUCUUUAACUGUAUAUUAAUACUUUUCUGUUUUUCCCCUCCCCUCCCCUUAAUUUAAUAGUGUGUCAUCUGGGUUUCUUGAUCUGUAAUCCUUUAUUCAUAUUCCUUUUCUAACCAAUCAUAAAAUCACUCCCUUGUCCUGAAGUACACCGAUUCCUCUUUGUCUUUUAUUCUCAGAGUUAACCUAUUCAUUUCCGCACAGCCCAAUAUUUUCUUUAUCUCUCCUUCUGCCGGGAUUUUGUCUGUUUUCCAGUUCUGUGCGGAUACAAUUCUAGCCACUGUUAUUAUAUGUAUGAUCAAAUAUGUAUCUUUACUAUAUUUCUCUGGUAAGAUACCCAAUAAAAAUACAACAGUCGGCAAUUCCUGAAGUUUCCAUUAGAGAAGAAUUGUUUGUAGCUCAGGGUUGAAUUUUCCUUUCUUUUCCUCCUCAGAUGUAAAAGCUGGAGGCCUCCUGAGAACUGAAUGGCUUGAAAAUCUUCUCUGGGCCUCCCGGUGCAGCUCCUUCAGACCGCAGGACUGAAAAGAUAUCUGGAGGCUCAGGAUAUCCGCAGGGUCCUUCUGGAUCCCUGUCAGAGAAGAGGCCAAAAUGGAUGCAAUCCACCCAGCCUGGAAAGGCCCUGUUGCCGCUCAGCCCAGGAGCUUUGAGGACGUCUGGGCAGGACCCAGGCAGAAGAUCCCAGAGAAGGCAGCCUUCAGUUCUGAGAUCCAGCAUUGGCACUUCAGGAACAGCCCCUUUCAGGAGGCCGAAGGACCACGAGAGCUUUGCAGCCGCCUUCACCACCUUUGCUGGGGAUGGUUGCAGCCAGAGAAGCACACCAAGGCUCAGAUGUUGGACCGAGUGAUCUUGGAACAGUUUCUGGCCGUCCUGCCCAGGGAGAUGCAGCGCUGGGUGCGGGAAUGCCGAGCGGAGACCACUUGCCAGGCGGUGGCCCUGGCCGAAGGUUUCCUGCUGAGCCAAGCAGAGGAGAAGGAGGAGCAGGAAGGGUAUCAGGUUCUAAGGUCCGUCCUGGAAGUGGGGACUAAUUGUCCUGAAGAAAAGGUGGAUCCCAUAAACCCUACUUGGAAAUUGUGUUUCGAAGGGAUCUCUAAGGAGAAAUAUCAAUGUCAAGAUGUCUCAAUAGGGAACAAAAUGGAGUCACCGUUGUUCAUUGGUUCUUCUCUUUGUACUGGUGGAACUAAAAGAGCAGCUGAACUUCCAGCACAGGGUCCUAUGUCUUUUGGGGAGGUGGCCAUCCAUUUCAACAGUGAAGAGCAGUUGCUACUUGAUCCCAGCCAGAAAGCCCUGCAUGAAGAAGUCAUGCUGGAGACAUGUAGGAUCGUGGCCUCUUUAGCAGUUGAUGAGCUGAAGAAUGAGAAUGACCAAGAGCCAAAUCCGGUGCCAUUGCAAAUAAUAAAAAUUGAAAUACCAGAAGAAACAUCCGCAGAUAGAUGGGGAAUGAGGAAACAUGAAAAAACCCAAACUUGCAAUGGCACUGAAAUAUUCACUUUUCAGCGUGCAGACAUGGAUCACUUUCUGACACAAUGCAUUUUCAAGAAAAGCAACAUGUGCAACACUCAAGGGAGUGAGGAAAUGUUCAAAGGAAAAUCCAUGAUUAGUAAUGACUAUGAAAUUAAAAAGAGUGAUAGCAAUAAUAGCAACAUUAUUCCCCAUAAAAUGAUGCAUAUGAAGGCGAAUUCCUAUAAAUGUGAGGAUGGGAGAAACAGUUCCAGUUUGAUUAGUUCCCUUAUUUGUCAUAAAAAGACCCAUAAGGGAGAAAAACCCUAUAAAUGCCUGGAGUGUGGAAAGAGCUUCAGCAGCAGCAGUUAUCUGACCAUCCAUAAAAGGAUUCAUACAGGAGAAAAACCUUAUAAAUGCACAGACUGCGGGAAAAGCUUCAGUAUGAAAAGUUCCCUUACUUCUCAUAAAAGAAUUCAUACAGGAGAGAAACCUUAUCAAUGUGUGGAGUGUGGGAAAAGCUUCGGAAACAGAGAUCAUCUGACCUCUCAUCAAAGGACCCAUACAGGGGAAAAGCCUUAUAAAUGCACAGACUGUGGAAAGACGUUUAAUUGGCAUGGCCACCUGACUUCUCACAAAAGGAUUCACACAGGAGAGAAACCAUAUAAAUGCCUGCAGUGUGGGAAAAGCUUCAGUAUGAACAGUUCUCUUACUUCUCAUAAAAGGAUCCACACUGGAGAGAAACCCUACCAAUGCUUAGAGUGCGGAAAAAGCUUCAGUAUGAACAGUUCUCUUACUUCUCAUACAAGGGUUCAUACUGGAGAAAAACCCUUUCAAUGUCUGGAGUGUGGAAGAAGCUUUAGUAUGAAAAGUUCCCUUACUUCUCAUCAAAGAAUUCACACAGGAGAAAAACCCUAUAAAUGCAUAGACUGUGGGAAAAACUUUAGUAUGAAAAGUUCCCUUACUUCUCAUCAAAGGGUCCAUACAGGAGAGAAACCCUAUCAGUGCUUAGAGUGUGGGAAGAGGUUCAGCCAUAGCAGUCAGCUUACUUCCCAUAAAAGGGUCCACACAGGAGAAAAACCCUUUAUAUGCACAGUGUGUGGAAAGAGUUUCAGCAACAGCAAUCACCUGACCUCCCAUAAAAGAAUGCACACUGGGGAAAAACCCUAUAAAUGUACGGAUUGUGGAAAAAGCUUCAGUAUGAACAGUUCCCUUACCUCUCAUAAAAGGAUCCACUCAGGAGAGAAACCGUAUAAGUGUGUUGAGUGCGGAAAAAGCUUCAGUAUGAACAGUUCUCUUAGGUACCAUAAAAGGAUCCAUAUGGGAGAAAAACCCUAUAAAUGCACAGAAUGUGGGAAGGGCUUCAUCCGAAGCAGUGAUCUUGCUUCCCACAAAAGGAUCCAUACAGGAGAAAAACCCUUUAAGUGUACUGUAUGUGGAAAGAGCUUCAGUAUAAACAGUUCUUUUAAUUAUCAUAAAAGGCUCCAUACAGGAGAAAAACCCUAUCAGUGCCUGGAGUGUGGGAAGAGCUUCAGCAAGAGCAGUGUCCUUGCUUACCAUAAAAGGAUCCAUUCAGAGGAAAAACCUUAUAAAUGCACGGACUGUGGUAAGACCUUCAAUUGGUAUGGCCACCUGACUUCUCAUAGAAGGAUUCACACAGGAGAGAAACCCUACAGAUGCCUAGAAUGUGGAAAGUGCUUUAGUCAUCGUGAUUCCCUUACUUCCCAUAAGAGGAUCCACACAGGAGAAAAACCAUAUAAAUGUAUGGAAUGUGGGAAGAGUUUCAGUCACAACAGUCACCUGACUUGUCAUAAAAGGAUCCAUUCAGGGUUGAAGCCCUAUAUAUGCAAUGAAUGUGGAAAGAGUUUUGUUACGAGGGGUUCUCUUACUAAACACAUUAGUAUCCACACAGGGGAGAAACUGUAUCAUUGCACAGAGUGUGGUAAGUACUUCCGGAAGUAUUCCCUUACAUCCCAUAAAAGGGUACAUACUGCAGAAAAACCCUUUAAAUGCAUAGAAUGUGGGAAGAGCUUCAGCAGUAGUAGUUACCUGAUAUGCCACAAAAGGAUCCAUACAGGGAGAAAACCUUAUAAAUGUGUGGAUUGUGGACAAAGGUUCAGUAUGAAGUGUUCCCUUACAUCCCAUAAAAGGAUACAUACAGGAGAAAAACCCUAUACAUGCAUGGACUGUGGAAAGAGCUUCAGUGUAAGAAGCGCUCUUAAUUGUCAUAAACGGAUCCACACAGGAGAAAAACCCUAUAAAUGCAUGGAGUGUGGGAAGGCCUUCAGGCAAGGCAGUACCCUUGCUUCCCAUAAACGGGUCCACACAGGAGAGAAACCCUAUACAUGCAUGGAGUGUGGAAAGAGCUUCAGUGCAAAGAGUGCUCUUACUUCUCAUAAACGGGUUCACACAGGAGAAAAACCCUAUAAAUGCAAACAAUGUGAGAAGAGCUUCAGCAGUAGUAGUUACUUGAGGUGCCACAAAAGGAUCCAUACAGGGAGAAAACCUUAUAAAUGUGUGGAUUGUGGACAAAUGUUCAGUAGGAAGAAUUCCCUUACUUCCCAUAAAAGGAGGCAUACUGGAGAAAAACCCUUUAAAUGCAUAGAAUGUGGGAAGAGCUUCAAAAGUAGUAAUUACCUGAUGUGCCAUAGAAGGAUCCAUUCGGGGGAAAAACCUUAUAAAUGUAUGGAUUGUGGACAAAGGUUCACCACGAAGUGUUCCCUUACGUCCCAUAAAAAGGUACAUACAGAUGAAAAACCCUUUAAAUGCAUUGAGUGUGGGAAGAGUUUCAAGGGAAAGGGUGCUCUUAAUAUUCAUAAACUAAUCCACACAGGAGAAAAACCCUAUAAAUGCCUAGACUGUGGGAAGGGCUUCAGCCAAAACAGUACCCUUGCUUCUCAUAAACGGGUUCACACAGGAGACAAACCUUAUACAUGCACAGAGUGUGGAAAAAACUUCAGUGUAAAGACUUCUCUUACUUCUCAUAAAAGGAUCCACACAGGAGAAAAACCCUAUAAAUGCUUAGACUGUGGGAAGGUGUUCAGGCAAUACUCUGAACUUGCUUCCCAUAAACGGGUCCACACAGGAGAAAAACCCUAUAAAUGCAUGGUGUGUGGAAAGAGCUAUAAAAGCAGCAGUUACAUGAUUCUCCACAAACGAGUCCACACGGGAGAAAAACCCUAUACAUGCCUGGAGUGUGGAAAGAACUUUACUAGCAAGACUUCUCUUACUUCUCAUGAAAGAAUCCACAGAGGAGAGAAACCUUAUAAAUGCAUGGAGUGUGGGAAGAAUUUCAGCCGAAGCAGUCAACUUACUUUCCAUAAUAGGAUCCAUACAGGAGAAAAACCUUAUAAGUGCACAGAGUGUGGAAAAAUCUUCGCUGCCAGUAGGUCUCUGACUUCCCAUAAAAGGACCCACACAGGAGAAAAACCCUAUAAAUGCCUGGAAUGUGGAAAGAACUUCAGAUUUUACAAUAACCUUGCUCUCCAUAAGAGGAUCCAUACUCGAGAGAAAUAGAAAUGCACGGAAUGCAGGAUGAGUUUUUUUGAAAAGAGAAUGCAUCUCAAGAGAGAAUCCACAGUGGCCAGAAAAAUAUCUUGCAGACAGCAAUUAACUUAUUUCCCUUACAGAUAAACAAAAUUAACAAAGAAGAUGGACCUUCAGGUAAUCAAAAAAGCUAAAUAUUUGGGAGUAUAUUAAGGAAUUAAGGAACAAUUAUAAAAGAUUAAUACAACAAAAAAUGGAUUUGGAGAACUGAAAAACCUUGCAACUGUCAAUGAGAGGAAUAGCAACCAUAAAAAUGAAUAUCCUGCUAAAGGUACUUUUUUUGUUCCAAAUGAUCCCUAUAAAGUUAGAGAGAAAAUACUUCGAUGAGCUAAAUACAAUAAUCUUGAAAUAUAUUAGAAGAAAAAGAAAAAUGAGCAAGAAUAAGACUGAAAAUGCAGCAAGAAUCUAAAAACUAUCGGGGCUUUGGGUUGCUGGAUUGCAAACUUUAUUACCAGGCUUCUGUACUAACUUGGGUGGAAGAAUGGAUAAAUCUAAGAAGACUACUACUGUUGGAGGGACAUGGUCUUCAAUUGGGAUGGCAUUCCUUUUUCUGGUAUGAAAAGAAUAACAGAUAUUUUCAAAGACACGAUGUAAGAAAGACUCUAUUCUUAGUAUGGGAAAAAUGUAAAGCAAAAAACUACACAAAAAUAUCAGCUUGGUAUAGAUAGUUACAAUGGCAACUAUCUAUAAGGAAAACAUGUAUAAAAUGUUUUACAGGUGCCAUUUGACAUCAGAUAGGGUACAAGGAAAUUUAAAAACGUGUGCCAAAUGUUGAAAUAUAAUCUGAUACUGGGUUCUUAUUACCAUAUGUGGUGGAUAUGCCCAAAGGGGAAAAAAUGCACACAUAGUUAGAGAAAAUGUUAAAGCAACAUAAAGAUUUAAACCCAGAAAUAUUUUGUUAGGUAUAACAGAAAGUAAUAGAUUGUGCAGAUGGAUAACAUUAAAGAUAAAGGACAAAGAAGACACGGGAUUUGUUUUAUCAAUGGUUAGGCAAUACAGGUAGUAAUUGGAAUUUGGAAGAUUAUUUCUAGGUAUAAGUGAAUAAUCUUAUUACUAUUAUUAUGUACAAGUAAAUUGUCCCAGACAAUACACUGUUUACUAAGCAGUUACAUAUGUUAAAGAAAAAUGUAUAAAUAAUUAAAAAAAAUAUUUCCCUUAUGAAUAUUACCCACAUCAAGGCUACAUACAGGACGGGAGGGAGAUCCCUUGUGCUCCUACCGCUUCCUGUGCACGCAUGUACCUGCUGGGAUGGCGUGGGCAGGGCCUGUGUCUGCAUGUGGUUAGCGCCCCUGUGCACAAACACAUCUGCCGGGAUGGGAUGGGCAGAGCCAAAUGUCAUGGGCUGGCUCCUUAGCGUUUCCAGGGUGGGUGCACUUACUGAUCUUUCAGGCAUGUUACUACAUGGAUGGGGAGGUGUCUGCAGCAGGGACUCUUCAGCUGGCCCUCCGAGAAACAGGCAUGGCGGUGUUGGCAUCGACAGCAGGCAGAGUCGGGGAAAGAGGCAUGUGAUGGGCACCACUGGGCUUGCCUGUUCCAUACCAUAUGGCUGGGACAGUACAGAUGGCUGCCUGAUGCAUACAGCAGGCUGAACCGUGUGCCUCUCCCCGCACCUCUGCUUUUGGCUACUGCUGUGGCCACGGGCCAAGACAAGGUGAGGACUGUGUGGGGCGGCUGCUGCUAGAAAUCAUCAACCCGCUUUCUCCAUCUUAUCUCUCUUGCUUGUGCUUGGAGAGCAGGUCGCUACUGGUCAUCUCCACCCCCUCACGGAUCUUGUACUUUGCCUGUGUGUAGAAUGCGUUCCCAUCACGCACCCUGGCACCAUUGAAGCUACCAGCCCAAAGGAGGCAAAGUGGCUAGCUAGAAAGGUAGAGGUGACAUAGAAUGCUCAUUCCCAGCA